AAUUACCUCGAUUUUAUCUGAUCUCCAUUCCUUUUGUUUCCUGCGCCAUGUGGAGCCGGCAUUCUCCUUGAAGCCAGACCGAUUGAAUACCUUGCCUAGCCGGAGGGCUGCGGAUACACUACCUCUUUAUGUGCUUAUCAUUGUUGUGUAUGAUGUUACACAACCACAUCUGAUGUCCCAUCAAAACAGACUUGUUGCUGUAAAUGAUUUCGAUAGCCUUGCUUACUUAGAUGCUACAAUACAAGCCUUAUCUGAUUCUUUGUGGGCCGGGCUCCAUCAUGUAAGUGACAGCGAGAUGUUGAGGGCGGCCCAAGAGAUUCCUGAAGUUACUGACGGCGAGAUGUUGACUGAGGCCCAAGAGAUUCCUGAAGUUACUGACGGCAAGAUGUUGACUGCGGCCCAAGAGAUUCCUGAAGUUACUGACGGCGAGAUGUUGACUGCGGCCCAAGAGAUUCCUGAAGUUACUGACAGCGAGAUGUUGACUGCGGCCCAAGAGAUUCCGGAAGUUGCUGACAGCGAGAUGUUGACUGCGGCUCAAGAGAUUACGGAAGUGCAUCAUGUUGACGAUAACAAAAUGCUUGCCAUAGAUGUGGCGCCGUGCUUUUAGGUCCUCAAUGUUGAAGUCGGCGAAAACCAGUCCUUAGUUGUACCGACAGAACCUGAGAGGGCCCCUCAAGAGGCUAAAAAAGAUGAAGAAGAAGCCCUAUCAUGCAAAACGCCCCCUCCGUCAAAUGCAGGUACUAUGGAGCACGCAUAUGGCUCUGGCUGGAGCACUCCCUUAUCAAGAAAUGUAUCUUCAGACCAUAUUCGUAUUGCCAUCUGCAGAAAGCGGCCAAUCAAGGCUGCAAAGACCCUCAUUUCUACAAAACAACCACAUUUUCAGCAUAAGUCAACUAAAAGGCUAAAUUUACAGCCUGUGAUAACCGAAAAUAAUGAAACUGGGGAUAAUCAAGAAGAUAUCUGUGAGUCACCCUGUAUAAAACCAAACAAUAUUUGGGUUUGUCAUGAGGAUCAGUCCAUAAACACACAUAGUAGUCAAAUAUCCACACCUCUUAGUACUGCACAGAACAGUCUUAACAACAAUAUCUGGCCGCAAGAGCUGCUAACAACAAUACACAGAAUGAAUGAUGCCAGCGGUCAUUUACGUGAUGUCAUUCAUUAUCUGACUAAAUUAAUGGACAGGCAUACAAGCUUUUCUUCUUGCAUGCCGGGCCAUGACAGUGUAUUGGAAUUAGUAGAGUUAGACCAAAUGUUUCAACAUGUAUAUUCCACUGUUUUGCUGAUUUGCGGGAGAGAUCAGCGGAUGGGUUAUUAUGACUAGGUAUGGUUGGCGGUGGGUUGCCCAAGCGUAAAAAGGGUAAAUCACCACUUUUAAAAAAGCCUAAAGUUAGAAAGCAGUCUGUGAAAAUGUUUGGUCUUGACAGUAACAUACAACAUACUUCACACCACCAGACUUGUGACCCCCCAGUAGAACAGCCCACUAACACAAACCAUACUUCACACCACCAGACUUGUGACCCCCCAGUAGAACAGCCCACUAACACAAACCAUACAUCACAUUCCCAGACCUGUGACGAUCCUUUAGAGGGCCCCGGUAACAGACACUACACCCCACAGCCUCAGGCCUGUGACGAUCCUUUAGAGGGCCGCGGUAACAGACACUACACCCCACAGCCCCAGGCCUGUGACGCUCCUUUAGAGGGCCCCGGUAACAGACAGCACAUACCACAACCCCAGACCUGUGACAGUCCUUUAGACGCACCCAACAGUGUUCCCCAACCCUCACAAAGCCAUACAAGUCAGCCACCGGCAGAGAGCUCUGUUCAAUUUAACGUCAACCCCCAAAUAUUAGAAAAUUUAUUUCAUAGAGUGAGAGACCUGAGUGCAUUCAAUGGUAUUGAACAAACAGAUCACUUUAGAUUUGUAAAUCUGCACCGUAUUAAUUCAUUUGUAGAGGCUGUGAGCGUAGUACAUGACACUAUCCAGGCCUUAGUGGACGGUAUAAUCAGGGAAAUUAACCCAGGGGACUUUUUUCAAUUGCGGCUAGAAGGGGGGCCGUCCUUGGACCCCAUAUUCUGGUCGAAGCAUCCAAGAGACGAGUUCAGUGUUGAGGAAUUCCUAAAUGCUGUAGCGGCCGCAUUGCAGAGUAACGUGCAGUGCCUGGCCACAGAGUGUCUAAAACUAGUGGUCACUGUAAUCAGGAAUAGAAGAGGUGGUGCUAAGCGCCGGUUAAAGUCUAUUGCUUACAGUCAGAUAAUCAAGCAGAAAAAGCGCUGGUUGUAUGACUUUAACAAUUUGGCCGCUAGUUUAUAUGCUCUGACAUAACGGAGGGGGUAUUAGCGAUGUUGUUUUAUUGGAACAGGCACGUCAGAUACACGCUGCUCUGUCUAUACCAGACAAUGAGUUAGUGAGUUUUAAUGCCAUUGCUGAUUUUGAAAAAUUUAUGAACAUCACCAUUAAAGUGCUAUACAACAAUAAUGGUGAUUGGCAGUAUUUUCAUACUGGUAAAAAUCCUACAGACCAAAUUGUGUAUAUUCUACACCACGAUGACCAUUACUAUGGUAUUAAAAAUAUCAAGGGGUUCAUCGGGGAGUGUUACUUUUGUAACCUCUGUACUUCGGUCUACCACCAUAAAAAUAACCACAGCUGUCAAUUGUUUUGUCGUUCAUGUGAACGCUCAACAUGUACCGAUAGUGUGGGAGCGCAACCACGCUGCAGUACAUGCCGUGUGUUUUGCCGCUCCAGGGAGUGCUUAGAGAUACAUGAGAACAUAGCCAGAGAUAAGCCAGACUUUUGUAGAACCAAAACAUUUUGCGACCGCUGUUGUCGAUUUGUGUACAAUACUGCAGAAAACAUAAGUGUAGCGGCCUGAAGUGUAGCUCUUGUGGUGGCCGUAUGCAUAGAUUUGACAAUCAUCUCUGUUAUAUGCAGCUCUACAAAGCAAAGAAACAAAGUGAUCUAUAUGUCUUUUACGAUUUCGAAUGUUGUCAAGAAAACCAAAUACAUGAACCCAAUUACAUUUAUGCGACAAAAUUGUACGCUGCAAAUUCCUGGGAAUUUGAAGGUAAAACCUGUACGCAUGACUUUGUGCAAUUCUUUACCAGCGGUAAAUUUACAGGUUAUACCUUUAUAGCGCACAAUGCCGGGAGAUAUGAUUCAUACUUUAUUGUAAAGGAACUGAUUAGUGAAAAGUUGCAGGUAAAAAUGAUUACUCAAGGGGGGCGUCUUUUAUGCGUGACACUACCAGACUUGAAAAUACGCUUCAUAGAUUCCCUAAAUUUCAUCCCUAUGAAGCUCAGCAAAUUACCUCAAGCUAUGGGUUUUUCAGGGGCAAAGGGCCAUUUCCCCCACUUUUUUUUAAUACAGAACAGAAUCAGGACUAUGUGGGCCCUCUACCAGAUGUUAAGUAUUAUGGUGCUGAAUAUAUGAUGCCUGGUGACAUGAAGGAGUUUAUGGUGUGGCAUGCGGACCAAAAAAACAAUACUUUUAAUUUUAAAGCUGAGCUCAAAGCCUACUGCAAACAAGAUGUUGAGGUUUUGAGACCGGCCUGUCAGCUCUACAGAGACGGAGUGAUGGAGAUGACUAGGAAAACCAUUUCAAAAUACAAUAGGCAUCUAAAGAAAAAUGUUAUGGAGGUUCAUUGUGUUGAUCCUUUUCAGCUCGUCACUCUGGCAUCUGUAUGUAUGGCUAUGUACCGAUUUAAGUUUCUCUCUAAAAACAAAAUUGCUAUCGUCCCUGCAGACAAUUACCACAAAACAAAAAAGCGUUUCUCUUCCCAUGCUAUUCAGUGGCUCAUGUAUGUAGCGCAUACAGAGAAGCUUGUCAUUCAACACGCCUUGAGAGGCGGUGAAAAGCAGGUUGGACAAUAUUUUUUAGAUGGUUAUUCACAGAUUGAUGGACAAGACACAGCAUUUGAAUUUCAGGGGUGUUUUUACCACGGGUGUCCUACCUGUUAUACUGAAAACGAUACAAAUGCUGUUACAAAUACCAACUACGGUCAAUUGUACCACACUUUUUUGAUGAAAAAACGCUAUCUACAGAGCUGUGGGUACGUAGUACGUGUUUUGUGGGAGCAUGAAUGGACUGAAAUGCUUAAAAAUGAUUCUAAUCUUCAAGCAUUUCUCCAUGAAAUGAAAUUUCCGGUACCGCUCGAUCCUCGUGAUGCCCUUUAUGGCAGGAGAACUAACGCCAUAAAGCUCUAUCACAUACAGGCAGAGGGUGAGACGAUACAUUACUACAAUUUUACCAGUCUAUACCCAUUUAUCAAUAAAACAAAAAUGUAUCCUGUAGGUCAUCCAAGCAUCAUAUAUGAAAAUUUUACUCACAUCAAAAAUUACUUUGGGAUUGCACCUGUUAAGGUGUACCCCCCAAGAGAUUUGUUCUUCCCUGUCCUACCUGUGAAAAUUAACAAAAAAAUAACGUUUCCUCUCUGCUAUACAUGCGCUGUAAAUACACAUACAUCUGAGUGCAUGCAUAGCGAUGAACAGCGCUCUCUGACUGGUACGUGGUGUACAAUCGAACUAGAAAUGGCUUUGGAAAAAGGGUACAGGAUCGCUGAGAGCUAUGAAAUUUGGCACUUCCCUGAGACUACAGAAGACCUGUUUACGCCGUACAUUAAACUCCAUUUAAAGGACAAGCAGGAGGCCUCGGGUUACCCUAGCUGGUGCACUGAUGCUGUUAAGAAACAGCAAUACAUUGAUUCCUAUCUUGAGAAAGAAGGUGUGCAAUUAGACCCCGCAAAUAUAAUACUGAACCCUGCUAAAAGACAGAUCUCCAAACUUUUCUUAAAUUCUUUAUGGGGAAAGUUUGCACAGAGAUCUAAUCUACCAUGCACCAGUAUUGUGAAUAACCCUGAUGAACUCUUUAAGUAUGUCUUUGUCCCUUACUAUGAGGUUUCUGAGUUAAACUUUAUUGAUGACGAAACAGGCACUGUGAACUGGAAAUACGCUGAGGGACACCACACAGUCAAUAAAAACACAAACAUUUUUAUAGCCUGUUUUACAACUGCCUAUACCAGACUAGAGUUGUACAUGCUUCUGGACAAACUACAGGACAGGUGUCUUUAUCAUGACACCGAUUCUGUAAUUUUUGUGCACAAAGAGGGUGAUUGGAACCCUCCAUUAGGCGAUUACUUGGAUGAAUUAACCAGUGAAAUACCUGAUGAUACAUACAUCACAGAGUUUGUAUCUGCGGGUCCAAAAACCUACGGUUACAAACUGAACACUGGUAAGACGGUCCUAAAGGUUAAGGGCAUUACACUAAAUACCGCAAACACACAAUACAUCAAUUUUGAAAGCCUAAAGGACCUGGUUUUGGAGUUUAUCCGUAAUCCAGGCCCUGAAACCCAAAAUUGCAUAAUAGUGGAGCAACCAGGUAUUGUUAGGCAUAAGAUGUGUUGGGAGAUUGAAACAAGACCUGUGCGUAAGACUCAGAGGUGUGUAUAUGACAAGAGACGUUAUUACGAUAAUUGUACAACAUUACCUUUUGGGCUUUAAUGUAAUCAUCACACAAUUGCACCACUCUUUUUCAGACAUUAUUGCAGACCUUUUUAAGAAGCUCAGGAUCAGUGACGCUGAAGUUACAGACAGUUUAAGAACCCCAGCAUCAGUGAGCCGGAAGGUCUGCACACAAAGAGUCAGUUUUUAGCUGAAUAUACAACAGUGCCUUUUGGUUUCUAAGUGCUCUUUGGCUAUGAGCAUGGACACCCGCCUACAACAUCCCUUUUCAUGCAUUUUAGCUGGUCCGUCCAACUCUGGAAAGAGUUAUUUUGUCACCCAACUGCUUUAUAAUGCACAAACACACAUAUCGCAAACCCCGGAAAAUAUUGUUUGGUUUUAUGCGUGUUGGCAAAAACUGUAUGAUGACCUUUCUCAUUCUUUCCCAAACAUUAGAUUUAUUGAAGGCUUGCCACAUACAUUUAUAGAUGAUGAUCUGUUCCCGCCAAACAAGGUAAAUUUGACAAUUGUUGACGACCUAAUGGAGAGCGCUAGCGAAAAUAACGAAAUUGAAAAAGCAUUUACCAAGUAUGUUCAUCACAGAAACCUUAGUAUAUUGUAUUUAGUGCAGAACAUAUUUUGUCAGGGCAAAAAGAGUAGGACCAUAAAUUUAAAUACCAAGUACAUGAUUCUUUUUAAUAAUCCACGUGAUAAAUUGCAAAUUCUAACAUUAGCGCGACAGAUGUACCCAGGGAAAACUCGUUUCUUUUUAGAAGCCUUUGAGGAUGCCACAAGAGAGCCUUACGGCCAUUUACUAGUUGAUUUACAAGCCAAUACCCCUGAACAGUAUCGUUUAAGGUCUGGCUUUUUCCCGCCGGCUUUACCAGUGGUGUAUAUACCAAAGAAAAAUAGCUCAAAAAAGUAAUGCUUUCACUUUGCACAGCAUUCUAUGCGGUGUACAUAGUACCGGCAAGAUGUCUGAGAGAUUAAGACGUAAUUGGGCUCUCUUAAAAACCCUAGUGAAGGCAACUCCUUCGGUCAGAAAAUCUAUCUUGCGUCACGCGAGUGAUGAUUUAAUAGCUGCCAUAGGGGAAAUUGCUUUAAACAUCUUAAAAGGGCGUAUACCUCUAAAAGAACGCCAGAAAAAUAUACUAAAGAAGUGGCGUAAAGCUAUGAGGAAGCUGAGCGAUAAGGCCCUGCCCAUAAAGAAAAAGAAGCGCUUAGUGAAUCAAACUGGUGGGUUCAUAGGACCGCUGUUGGGGUUUGCAAUUCCAUUAAUAACGAGCUUGUUUUUUAACAAAUAAUGGAACAUACAGAGAAAAUGUACUUGGUACCCAAACACGAACUCAACAAGAUAAAUCAUGUUGUUACACCUACACAUAGCAUACGGCAAAGUGUAAUACAUCGUCUUGAUAGUGAAAUUAACGACGUUUUACAGCGUGGCGAUUUACCUGAUGACGUGAAAAUUAAACGCUACACAGGUAUACUGCAAAGAUACUUGAUUCUUGCUAAACAGGAUGCAAAAGAGUUAGCAUCUUUAAAUCUUAUUACAACACCUGCUCCUGGUCCUCAACAUUUGACAAAUUCCGCUACUGCUAAAAGUGAUGAUGUGAAUGAGAUUGUGAAUAAUGUCAAUCCCCGGUUUAAAAGAAAUGCAGAACUAUUGUUAAGCAAGAUGCUCCAGAACAGCGCUGUUACGGCAUGGAGUGGUAAGGGUGAAUUUAUUUACAAGGGUAAUGUGAUUCCUGGCUCUAAUAUGGUGGACUUGGUGCGAAAUACAACACAAAGUCACGGAUUGCUCAAAAACAAAAUACCCCCUGGAUGGGAAACAUUUAUCCGGGCCAUGGCUGAAUUAAACAUGCCGUCUAGUGUUGUUGGUAAUUCAACCACUAGAGAGAUUCUGGAUGGGAUGAAAAUGGAGUUAAAUAAUCCUACAGGAGGCGCAACCCCUAAACGAGGAAUACAUCUUACACCUUCCACCCCGCCUGUGCUAACUCAGGGCAGCUUACUGCCUAAAAAAAGGACUCUACCAUUUUUACAAACUGCCUGGCUAACUCUGUAAAUAUUAUGUAUAUUAAAGAUCUGCUUUGUAUUAAAUAUUAUUACAUUAAUGAUCUGCUUUGUAUUAAAUAUUAUUAUAUUUGUACUGCUCAUUUGUUUUUUUUGUAUUUUUUUUUCUCAUGAACUGAUCCUGCUAUGUAUUAUUUUAUCUGUUCAAUAAAGUUUUUAAACUUUACAUUACUGGUCCGCUUAUCUAUAAAGGUAAAAUAUAUGAGCGGUGACCUGCAACAGACGGCCCCUUUCAGAUAUGUACAGACAUGAUUAUACAUAGAAAGCUGCGCCAUUUAGCAUCCGUCUACUACGUCACAAUAUGGGAGUUAUUACACAAGACAUGUCCGGGCUUGUUGGCAUAGGCGUAUGCAUAGAAACCUACGUCAUUUAGCCACCGCCUACUAUUACACAAAGCGCGCACUAUGAAGCCUAUGCUAUUCAUUCAGAAAGCUUUGGCGCUGGAACUAGCACGCCGUACUUCUCUCCCCUAAAAGGUUAGUAGUUUUAGGUUUCUUUUUAGAAAUAUAACUGUGUGUCUGUGAAUGACUUAUUUCGCAAUAUACUGAAUGAGCGGUGUGUAUCUGAGUGUGUGUGUGUCUGUGAAUUAGUGUUAGUAUUUUUUAAUCUACCGCAUAGUAAAAAGCCUAUUGUAAAUUGUUAUGCGGUAUAAUGUAUGGCUGUCAAGGCCUGAUUUACUUUAGUAUAAAUGAACCGUGAUAUAAACGUGUUUCAUAACUAAAUAAGCAAUCUAUGGGGCUGUAUUUCCCUGAUAGUUAUUGUAUGUGGUAAGCUAGGGAGUGGGGGCUGUGUGGUAGUUGCCAUAGCAGCGUGAUGUCAGAUGUUAGAGGUGGGGGUCG